UCGAUAACGAACCGUGGGUUACACCCAUCAUGGCGCGGCAAGAAAUAAAUUUAGCUCGUGACGAAAGGGACAGGGACAGAUGAUGUGAAAAAUAGACUAUACGUCUUUCAGACGCGAUUUUCGCCGCACGCCAGCUCGAAAUGGUGUCAUCUGGUCUUGGCUAAGAAACUACAAAUUGAACGGAAAUUUCCACCGAAACGUCAGUUCUCACGGCUGGCCGUGGGGCACCAUUGGCUUGUUCUUCGAUCAUUGCGAACCACACUGUUUAUUCUCGAUUCGACCGACUAUGAGUUUGCUCGCGACGAAAGCCACCAAUGCCUGGAGGCACUGGGUGGUGCUGUGGAAACGGUACCCUCUUUGCCGGGGCAUGGUGACAUACUCCAUCGUUUGGCCGGUUUCCAGCAUCUGCCAACAAAGGAUUGCUGGCAAAAAGGAAAUCGACUGGAAGCAAGUAGCUCGAUUUAGUUUUUACGGUGGCUGUUAUGUGGCACCGACCCUCUUCUUUUGGGUGAGACUGUCAAGCAACAUGUGGCCGGCAAUGAAUUUGAAAAACGGCAUUAGAAAAGCACUUGUCGAGCAGGUCUCGUACGGUCCAUUUGCCAUGACUAGUUUCUUCUUCCUCAUGACCCUGCUGGAAGGGAGAGGCGUUGAAGCGGCCAAGCAGGAAGUUUCAACCAAGUUUUGGUCAACAUAUAAAGUUGGCGUUUGCUUUUGGCCAAUAAUGCAGACCAUAAACUUUGGAUUCCUGCCGGAAAAGAACAGGGUCCCAUUUGUUGGUGCCUGCAGCUUUGUUUGGACCAUUUUUCUGUCGUACAUGAAAUCCCUGGACGCUGCCAGGUUAGAAAAAAGGAAUGAGAGGCUGAAGGCGAAGAAAGAAUUAGAAGCUCUGGAAGCAGCUGGUGCUGCAGCCGCCGCGGCAGAUAAUCUCACUCCGUAACAUUUUACCGUUUAUUUUUUUUUUAUCUAUAUACCAUACCAAGGAGAAGGGAGUCGCCUUCCACAGUUCAAAGUGUGAUACUCUGUAUAUUUUAUUGAUGGAAAGUGACCAUAAUUAUACCAACAGGGCACUUUGCUAUUUAUUGCAUUUUAGCUCUGAAUACGUGGUUAAUUUAUGAAUCGCGUUCAACCAAUUAAUGUGUAGGCUGUUGGAUUGUACAAUAAUGUUUUGAUGAGGCGUGUUUAGAACAGCCUUUAAAUUUGAUUAAGUGUUUGAUCAGUCAAAUAAAUUGUUGGUAGCUCAAAUUUUGAA